AUGUCCGCUCUGGCUGCGGAAUUCGGGAUACGGGUCGCGAGGCCAGUAAAAACCGCUGAGCUGCGAGUCAAAGGCCUCGACGACUUCGGUACCCCGGAAGAAAUUAAGGAGGCGGUGGUAGCCACUGGAAAUUGUCGGUCGACGGAUGUUAAAGUCGGCCGAGCUCGCGCUUCUCCCAGUGGGCUACUCACCGCCUGGAUACAAUGUCCGGUAUCUGCAGCCAAGAAGAUUGCGGACGCCGGCGCCCUGCGGAUAGAAUGGGUGCGCGCCCCAGUCAAGGUAUUGGAGCGCAGGCCCAUGCAGUGCCACCGAUGUCUCCGGCGCGGGCACGUCGUGGCGAUGUGCACCUACACCGCGCCGGAGGAAGACAGGAGGGGCCGAUGUUACCGAUGCGGCAACCGCGAUCACCGCGUCGCAGAGUACAAAUCGGCGCUGAAGUGCCCGCUGUGCGCCGAUCUUAGUCGCUCAUCAGCCCACCGUCUGAGAGGCAAGAACUGCGCCCCGAUCCCUCGAAAGCAGAAGCAAAAGGCGCAAAAGACCGCAAAUAAGAGCGGAUCACAAUCCGCUCCCCAGGAGGCUCCCGCUGCCGUCUCAGGAGUGUCGACGACAGCGGAGGAGGCUAAUCAACUCUCUGUUAGUGGUGCCCUGGAGAAGGCGAUAGAGAUGGAAAUGCCACUAACGCAAUAA